AUGCCCCGGAUUAUUGUGGUUAAAAUUAGUCCGCAGAGCCAGGGUAGAGGAGAGGAAUAUAAAGAAAAAUCCGCUUUUUUUAUUGUUUUAGUUAAAGCCAUAGUUAAAGAUAUUAAAAAAUUUUUAGUGGAAUUUAUGUCAUUUAUACUUAAACCAGGAAAAAACUCCGCGUGGAGAAAACACGUGCUUAAUAACUUAGUGGUGGACGCCAUUUUAUACGAAAAAGUGGAAACUAGUUUGCCGACCGCUCGGUCUUUAACCAAACUAUUAGCCAAAUUGAUUACUUGGGCCAAAAAAGCGGAAAAAGAAAAAGAAAAUAAAGAAUUAAAACAGCACCUAUACCGCUUGGCUUUGCGCUAUUUGGUAAACAAAAAAAAAAUGGAAGUCAAGCAAAAAAACAGACCCGAAAAAACCAAAGUUUUGGACAAGUUAUUUAAAGAAUUAGGAAAAAAAUACCAAGACCGCCCGGGUGGAUAUAGCCGCAUUGUCAAAUUAGGUCUCCGCAACGGAGAUAGCAGUUUAAGAGUAAUUUUUGCUUUGUGUUAA